ACUAUUUUCGUUCAAUUUUUAUUUUUGUGUGGAUACAGAGGCCAUAGCUGUCAAUGCCAUUCUAAGCUUCCGGGACGACGAUCUGACCUUCUUAUUCUCCUUCCUUAUUCGUCUUCCACCUUUCGACGUAUUCUGAUUUGCUUUCUGGAACUGUUCACUAUCUGGUUUUUCUGUCAGUCUUUAUUAUUGUUUUUUUUUUCCUUUUUUGAGUCUGUGUCAUUGCUGUAUGUAUCUGCGUUUAUAUAGAUAGAUUUAUUCGUUUCAUGUAUGUAUAGGUUCAGCAUACAGUAAAAAGAAAAAAAUUGUUUUUUGUUUUUCUGGGGGAGAAUUGUGUUACUGCUAAGUUAUAUAAACAAAACCCGAGCACUUUGAGGCUCGGGGGUGAUUCAAAUCCUAAAUCAAUGGCGUCUGGAGAAGUCCUCUGUCAGAAACUUAACCGUGACAAUUGCUAUUUGAAGAAAUUCAAACUCUAUGAAACGCCCUCGAACUUUUAUAUGAUUGGAAGAGACAAGAGCAGAACACAUUGGAGAGUAUUAAAAAUUGACCGGUUAGAGCCAACUGAGCUUACAAUUUUCGAAGAUUCCACUACUUACUCAGAACAUGAUUGCCAUGAUCUUCUGAGACGGUUACAUGAAGGAAACAAAGCUGUCGGUGGACUUAAGCUUAUAGCAAUAUGUUAUGGAAUAAUUGGCUUUGUUAGAUUUCUGGGACCUUAUUACAUGCUUGUUAUCACAAAACGAAGAAAGCUUGGAACAAUUUGUGGUCAUACAAUAUAUGGAAUUUCCAAAAGCAAAAUGAUUCCAGUACCAAAUUCUACAGUGCGGUCAAACUUGCCUUACUCUAAGGAUGAGAACAGAUACAAGAAGCUGCUAUCCACAGUGGAUCUCACAAAAGAUUUCUAUUACAGCUACUCAUACAAUGUCAUGCAUAGUCUUCAAAGGAAUUUGAAUGACUGUAAAGCAGGACAGUUUCUUUAUGAAUCGAUGUUUGUUUGGAAUGAGUACUUGACUCGUGGAAUCCGAAAUAAUCUUAAUAAUACUUUAUGGACAGUUGCCUUAGUGUAUGGUUUCUUUAAACAGGUUGAGCUCUCUAUUUCUGAUCGGAUCUUCAAAUUAAUUCUCAUUGCUAGACGCUCACGCCAUUAUGCUGGCACCAGAUACUUGAAACGAGGUGUCAAUGAGAAGGGUAGAGUCGCCAAUGACGUUGAGACAGAACAGAUUGUAAUUGCAAAUGCUACUGAAGAUUGCCCAACUCAAAUUAGUUCUGUGGUACAGAUUCGGGGCUCAAUUCCACUUUUCUGGUCACAGGAAACAUCACGAAUAAACAUAAAACCUGACAUUAUAUUAUACAAAAAGGACGUAAAUUAUGAGGCUACAAGACUUCAUUUUGAGAAUCUAGCCAAGAGAUAUGGAAAUCCAAUCAUCAUUUUAAAUUUGAUUAAGACACGCGAGACGAAGCCUAGAGAGACCAUUCUUCGAGCAGAAUUUGCAGAUGCUGUAAGGCAUAUAAAUACAAGUCUGCCAAGGGAGAAUCGUCUCAUGUUUUUUCAGUGGGAUUUGCAUAGACAUUCUAAGAGCAAAGCAACUAAUGUUCUGAGGCAGCUAGCAAACAUGUCUGCAUAUGCUUUAAGCUUAACUGGGAUCUUCUAUUGUCAAGUAGCCCCAAAUUCAAGGCCCCUGGAAUCUCCAGAUAUUGAGAUCAAUAAAACCGAUAACUUCUCUUCAGAGAACUUAUCCAUUCGAAAUGAGAGUGCCGAUAACGUGGAAAUAGAACUUUGCAAUACUAGAUGUCCUGGUGAUUCCAAUAGAAGCCACAAUGUCAAACCCUUAUUGAAUCAGAAAGGGGUUUUGAGGACCAAUUGCAUCGACUGUCUAGAUCGUACUAAUGUUGCCCAAUAUGUCUAUGGUUUAGUUUGUCUUGGAACUCAGCUAUUUACUUUGGGAUUUACAGAAUCUCCAAAAAUUAAUCUUGGUGAGCCUUUGGCUGAUGAGCUAAUGACAAUUUAUGAGAUCAUGGGAGACACACUUGCAUUCCAAUAUGGUGGUUCUGCAGCACACAAUAAGAUAUUUUCUGAGAGAAGAGGUCAAUGGAAGCCCGCAGCACAGUCGCAAGAACUCAUUAGAACUCUACAACGGUAUUGUAAUAAUGCCUACUUUGAUCGUGAUAAACAAGAUGCUAUAAAUGUAUUUUUGGGGCACUUUCAACCACAACAAGGAAAACCUGCACUAUGGGAAUUGGGUUCAGACCAACAUUACAAUGUUGGGAAACGUGAUUCUAAUUUUCCUAAUGAGAAUGUUAGGGUUAGUAUGAAAAGAUCACUUUCAGCUGGAAGUAUUCCAAGUGACACGCCUGAGGCCGACCCUAUACUUGGGUGCAAUCAGCCUCUAUCUGAAAUAGUAGCAGCAGCGAACGAUGGUAUAUCGGAGUCUACACCACUAAUUCCAACUAAUGAGGAUAGCAUAGCUGCUUGCAGGUAUAUCCCUUCAGUGAUUCAAAAACAAUUUUUCAAAUUCAUGCACGAUGGGCAAUUGCUUGGACGUGACCCCAUUUCUUGUGAUGAAGACGAUGAGUGUAACUUCUCAAAUUUUAUGGAUGCGGAUUGGCUGUCUUCCUCAGGAAAUUCUUGUGAAGGAGAUAUAAAUGAAAGGUCUCUUGGCAGCCUUUCAAUAGAGAACGUUGUGAAUGGACUAAACAUUGAUAUGAAUGAACCAGCAAGAAAAUCUAGUGGAAUGUCCACUGUUAAAGAAAAUGAGCAAGCUAAACCCGACUUAGAUGAAUUGCUUGAGAAAUUUGGAAGUUGGGUUUCUGAUGGAGGUUCGCUCUUUCAUUAGGGUAACUAGAAUCGGUCAAAAAACAAUAAUUCCUACACCAUAUUAAACAACUCCAUCCGAAGGAUGAGUUUCCUGUACAGCAAAUAAAUGGUAAAAGGAAAUCAACAAUCAAAAGAAGGAUAAUUGAACUCUCUCCCUACCCUAGUGUGGAGAUUUUGUACCAGCGGAAUUGAUUUCAUCAUAUGAGAUCCUUCAUUGUUUAUACUUAUCCCCCUACAUUACAAACAAACUACUAGUGUACAAUCCAACAAACAUUCACAAUUCUUUCAGUUUUCCUCUGACCUAACCAAUUUUUUUUCUUGUGUAUACAACUUACAAGUUUUUGACUUUGUAAAUAAAUGUUUAGAUUUCCCAAGUGACAAUUUCUUUCUAUUUCAUUUUUAUAGACAGACCUAAUUUU